CAACUUCCUCUGCCACAGCGACAACCCGACUGAGAGCACACAGACUGUGUGCGUCAGUGCACCAUGGAGAGAGCGGCUGUGGUGUCGGGCCGCAGGAGUCCCUCAGUACCAGAAUGCAACAUCUCCACCUCCACCUUGGCCUUCGACCAGCACUUCACCACAACUGCCAAAGGAAUACUCCUCCUGGCUGAGAUAAUGUUUGGUAUGUUGGUGUGGAUUCUGGUAGGGGGUACAGAGUAUUUUCAUCUGUCUGCUCUCUGCUGGGUGAUGUUUGUUGCCAUCUUGUGCUGGGUUCUGACAGUUUUCCUGUUUUUAAUCUACCUCACUGGGACCCACAACAGGAUACCACAGGUUCCCUGGACUACACUGUCGCUAUGUUUGAACUGUAGUGCUGCAGCUGUGUAUCUGGUGACAUCAGUAGUAGACGCUCUCUCAGUCAACCAGGCCAUUAGGGGGCGACAUAACUACAACUGCUGGGCAGCAUCUGCAUUCUUUGCAUUUCUGACCACACUGUGCUAUGCAGGAAGCAGUUACCUGAGCUACUGGGCCUGGAAAACCACACAAGAACAAUAGUCUCAUUACUUGCUGUUUGAAGACAACAAUGUUCAGACUUUCUCUGAGGAAUGGGCGUGAUGGAGACCUAACUUCAGAGCAGGACAAGGCUAGAGUCAAAUUUAAACUUGUAAGGAAACUGUUAAUAUGAUC